GAUGAUGAAUAUGUAGUAACAUCCUGCCAGUCAUGUUGAGGUAUCGUAGAGAAACAAAACAAAAAGAUGCCCAUCCUCGAGCCAUCCAUCCCCAUCGGCGGGGGUUUGAAAAGCUUCAGCACAGACCACCUCCACAUCGCGUUCGCGUUCUCCAAUCCUCCACCACUCCCAUCUCACUCUCAGUCUCAAUUCGAUAGAUCCUCAAAAUGUUUUGUUCUCUCAUUCACCUCUCUCCCUCCUAACAUAUGAAAUGCCCAUCUGUAUCGAGUGUCGCUAUCCGACUACCCAACUCUAUACCGAGUAUUCCGGAGGAUCAACGGGCCAUGGAGUACGAUUAACCGUCUGUAAGAAUUGCGGACGAUUUUGCGAUAAAUAUGUUGAGCAUGAUUUUGUGGUUUUGUUUAUUGAUUUGGUUUUGAUUAAGCCCCAGGUGUAUAGACAUUUAUUGCAUAAUACUUUAAUGAGAGAACAUGAUCAAUUUGACCCUUCAAUAAUCCGUCUCGGCAUUCUCCUCCUCCUCUUCGAUGUCUACCUAACAUGGGCACGUAUCGAAAAACAAACUUCCGCGCCCAUCUCUGCUCCUAUCGAAACAGAUAAUACGAAUUUCCUCCGCCUAGCCGCUCAACCCAUUGUAUUCCAAUACAUAUUCUUUCUAAUCCUCUGCGCCCUCUCAACACUAAGUUUCCACUUCUCUAUCCGCUUCCUCACAUCAUCGCCACUUUCGCCUCUAGUAUUCUUCGGACUCCUCCCAAAAUACACACGUCCAAAUUCCGUAUCUACAGCACUGCUAGUCUCGUCUUCUACGAAAUUAUUUCCCAUUUUGAUGGUGAUAUGGGAGUACGACGUGCCGGCUGCGGCGAGAAGUUUAGGAUGGGCUGUUGUUGCGAACAACGUGGAGGCUUUAAAGAUUUUACUGGAUUGUGGGUAUGGAACUGCAGCGAUAUUGGCGACAGUUGGAGCGAUUAGUAGGUGGAUGGUUGGGAGGGGAAUACUUUGGGCGGUGGGCUUGGAUGGGGUUGACACGGUUGGAGAUUCAGGGGUAGCGGCUGAUGGAAAGGCGCUUUGGGCGGUAGUAGAAUUGGGCAGGGAAUGGGGUGGGAGGUUAGGCUUAGGCUGAUUGAGAAAAGUGAAGAAUAGAAGGAGAUUUAUGAUAAAAUUAAUAGGAAUGCUAUCUAUCUCAAACA